GUUGGGAGGGUUUUUGUGAGUGAGUUCUUCUUCGUUAUAUUGCCUCACACUUGGGUUCCAUCGUUCUCUCAUCUACCUUUUCUAGGGCCGAUCUCUCUUCUUUCUCUCUCUCCCUUUUGAGCUUUGAAUCUCUGAGUUUGAGUUUCAGACAACAAUGGGAGACGAGAAGAAGCCCAAAUCUGCAGGUGUCUGGCCUUCCAUUAAGCCCUUUGUUAAUGGAGGUACCUCUGGUAUGCUCGCUACUUGUGUCAUCCAGCCAGUUGAUAUGGUCAAGGUGAGAAUUCAAUUAGGUCAGGGAACAGCUCUCAGUGUCACCAAGAACAUGCUUAAGCAAGAGGGUAUUGGAACCUUCUACAAGGGGCUUUCUGCUGGUCUUCUGAGACAAGCUACCUACACCACAGCCCGUCUUGGAUCUUUCAAGAUUUUGACAAGUAAAGCAGUGGAAGCCAACGAUGGAAAGCCCCUACCUUUAUAUCAGAAAGCUUUGUGUGGGCUAACUGCUGGUGCUAUUGGAGCAACUAUUGGUAAUCCGGCAGAUUUGGCACUCAUUCGUAUGCAGGCCGAUGCCACUUUGCCUGCUGCUCAACGGCGACAUUACAAAAAUGUGUUCCAUGCCCUCGUUCGAAUUGUUGCAGAUGAAGGGGUUUUCGCACUCUGGAAGGGUGCUGGCCCCACUGUUGUGAGAGCUAUGGGUUUGAACAUGGGAAUGCUUGCCUCAUACGAUCAAAGUGUGGAGUUUUGCAAGGAUAACUUGGGUCUUGGUGAAACAGCUACAGUGUUAGCUGCAAGUACUGUCUCAGGAUUCUUCGCUUCAGUUUGUAGUUUGCCCUUUGAUUAUAUCAAAACCCAGAUCCAGAAAAUGCAGCCUGAUGCUCAAGGAAAGUAUCCAUACACUGGCUCUUUCGAUUGUGCUUUGAAAACCCUCAAGGCUGGAGGACCUCUUAAAUUUUACACCGGUUUUCCAGUGUACUUUGUAAGAAUUGCCCCUCAUGUCAUGAUGGUAUGGAUUUUCCUCAACCAAAUUCAGAAGACACAAAAAUCUAUUGGCUUGUAGAGAAAAUGUGAAAGGGAUGGAGAUUUUUGUCAGAGUCGAGUCGAACCGUCGAAUAAUAAUUACUUCGGCUGUGUCGUAGUUCUUGUUUGAGUCAAGUAGCAAGUUCAUAAAAAUUUGAUUCACAGCAUUCAUUUCUCAAGUUUUUGUGGUUAAGGCCACUCUAUACCUAUGGAAUUUCCUUAUUACUAUUGACAAGAAUAGACCCUUUUUAACAUAAAAUGGUUUGUUGCAUUUCGGGCUCGUCUCAUCUUCAUCCUCUUAAAAAAGCUCUUUGUUGUUGGCCUUAUCUUAGGAAAUGUGAACUCUUUAGCUUUGCCAUUAUUUUAGGCCACUUGUGUAACAUUUAAUUAUGUGCAAGGAGACAAUAAAUUUUCAUGGUCUCGGAUUGUU